UGCGUGCCGGCCGCCUUGAAGCAGUUCUUCUCACAGGGUUGGCGUCGGCUGAUUUUUUUCGCCUUCUGCAGCAUUAUGUAGAUGCUACAGGUGACGUACAAACGGCCGCAAUCGCUGGUCUACACGCCUGCCAUCUCUCUGAGCCAGCCAAGAUUGGAUCAGCAUCUGGUUCAGGAUUUGGAUCUGGGUUUCAGAAAUCAGUGCCCUCUGGCUUCAUCCAUACCCCUAGUAGUGUCUCUAGUGGCACUUUAGGGCUCGGACCGACGAGUUCAUGGCCUGUUUCCAUUCCAGUUAGUGGUAUUGCAAAUAGAACCUUAGGACCGACUCAGAUACUAGCUGCAGCUGCCGGGGCGCCUAGUCAGUCUAGUCCAGGAGCAAGAGACGGGUUCUGGCCUCUAGUACAUUUGGGAGGCAGCAGGUUGGCCAACUGGGUGCUCAGGUACUUAAUUAGCUUACACAUUUGCCUUUAA